GUUUACGGUCCGAUUCAUUCGCCAAAAGAGACGCGGUCCGAGGCGCGUCAUAAUUCAAUAAAAAAGGAAAAAUCGCGGAAAGGACGGCAAGGAUGCUCUCUUUAUGGGCGGUGACGUUUUUCGUCGCCGUUGCUCUCGUCGGUGCUGUCGAAGUACCAAAGUGCGAGAGGAACAUCCUGUGGACCGGCGGGUCCUUCGAGUGGCCUUGCCCGGCCACCAAAAACAUGUUCAAGAACAGUGGCCGUUAUAUCUCGAAAAAUAUCCUCGCCACCAGGACUGUUAUCUAUAAGGACGACGCCAUCCUUGCUUUACCUAGAUUCAAGCCUGGCGUGCCAGCGACCUUAGCCAGAGUCUCGUUGAAAGAUAAGAACUGCCAGGCCAAUCUCCUCCCUUUCCCUUGCUGGUCCCUUCAAGAAGAGGGAACAUGCUCCGCGUUGCAAAACGUCGUGGACAUUUAUUUAGAUCCCCAGGAAAUCCUAUGGGUGCUGGACACGGGCGUAGUAAAUUCCCUCGAGCAGCCCGAACGCAAAUGCCCGCCAAAGGUUGUUGCUAUCAACAUAAAAACCGGCAAGGUCGUAAAAACCGUCGAUCUUUCCGGUCUGACAAGCACCACGUCUCGCCUACAAUACGUCGUGGCUGAUUACAAUUCGGACGGUCGCGUGUUCAUCUACGUCUCCGACGCGGCCACGAGGGCGAUCCUGGUGUACGACGUGACCUCGGGUCGCGGAUAUCGCGUCGUCCUUCCGCAGGCCGUGACCAUAAACUGCAACCGCAGGGACGUUCUUUAUCUCGCCCUGAUGCACCAUCAGGACGGUAGCACCUGCCUCAUCUUCACGUAUCUGGGCAGCAACCGUCUGUUCUCCGUUCGAACGGAUCAUCUCCGGAACGGUCACGCCCAGGGCAAGAUACACGAUCUCGGGCUGAAACCCGCCCGGCUCGUUAUCCUGGGCACCGACAACGGUAACGCGCUCUUCUUCCGUUACGAGGGCAACUCCGAGGUGUACAGAUGGGAGUCCGAUACUCCCUUCGUGCAGGCCAAUUUCCAGCUCGUCUACACGAGCACCGAGUGCGCCCUGGCCACGCACGUCGCCCCCGAUUACAAGAGGAGCUGCAUGCGCAUCCUGGAGAGCAACUUCCCGGAUUACAUGCAGGGCACCGUCGGCUGCGGCGCUAAUCACGCGUUGAAUGUUAUGUAUGCACUUUUCCUGCCGACGAUUCUGUCAUUCCUGUACGCCAGGAUGAAGGCGGAAAUGUUGGAAACCGUGGCGCAAUGGCAGUUGCUUGACUUCGCACUGCCGUACGAUCGUGGUUUUCUCGAUCAAUAUCAACAGGAAAAUAUAGUGCUGACUGGUAUCGAAAUAGCCUGGGACAGAGUUUUCGUCAGCACGCCCAGGCUGCGCGCCGGUGUGCCGGCCACCUUGAGCUUCUUCUCCAGAAGAGCACCCUUGGGAAGUAGUCCGCAGUUGCAGGCGUAUCCUUCGUGGGACUGGCACGGCGCUGGGAAAGGAGAAAUCAAUUGUACCAAGUUGAUUUCCGUGUAUCGAACCAGGCUGGAUAGCUGCGACAGAUUGUGGGUCGUUGAUGCCGGUGUCAUGACAUCAAUCGACGAUUUCAUGCCCGUCUGUCCGCCGAAAAUUGUAGUCUUUGAUUUAAAAACCAAUCAAGUGGUUCGUCACGUCACUUUUCCGCGUGGGGUGUUAAGACCAGAUACUUUGCUGACCAAUUUUGUCAUCGAUGAAGUUUCGGCAAAAACAUGUGAUGAUGCAUUUCUUUACAUAACGGAUACUCUCGGUCCAGGAAUUGUUGUCUUUGAUGGUGUCAGGGAUAGAAGCUGGCGCGUUGUUCACGCAUCCAUGUUUCCUAAUCCAGAUGAAGCAACGUACAAAAUCGGAAGCGAUACUUUCGAGUUCCUGGAUGGCAUAAUAGGCAUAACAUUUUCACCGAGACUCCGAACCGUUUAUUACCAACCUCUGGCAACCGAUCGUGUCUUCAGCGUAUCUACCUCUGCGCUGCAAGCCGGACCGCUUUCUUUGGGACAACAAUUACCCGUGACCAUGGUCGGCAGAAAAUCAAGUCAAGGUCUGGCGCUGGCUGUAAAUCCUCGGGAUGACACGAUCGUGUUCGCCCCUUUCACUGAGACCGCAAUUGCAUCGUGGCAACCGCGAACCAAUCGGCAGAGAAUACUCGCUUAUAGUCCCGAGGAAUUACAAUUUACCGCCGAGAUUAUAUGGGCAAAACGCGACAAUGGAAACUACUGGGUAAUGUCGUCGAAAUUCCACAAGUUCUUCCUGAAACAAGUUGAUACUCGUCAAAUUAAUAUCCGCAUCAUGAGGAUCAGAACGAAUGAUCAAGCGCUGAAUCCGUCUUUUAAUCAGCAGAUUGAUCCGUAUUUCUCAUUACAUUACUACAAUAAUACUUUAGGAUUCUGAAGAGAAGCAUUGAUC